CGCCGCCACCACGCUGCCCGCCGUGCUCUGCACCUGAGAGCCCUCGCGCAGGUUCUCGCACGGCGCCGUGACCGCUCCGCRCUGAGGCUUGCACAGAGACAUGAGCAGCAACGCGGGCCAGCGUGCCGCCGUCUUCGUGGUCCUCUUCGCCCUCGUCAUGUUGCUGAUCAUCUACAGCUCCAGCAGCGGCAACGAGGUCUUCCACUACGGCGCGCUGCGGGGCAGAGCCCGCCGGCCCCCCAACCUCAAGAAAUGGGGCAUCAGAAACGGGUACCUGCCCGUCUGCGGCAACAAGACCCUGACUUCYCACUGCCACCAGUGCGUCAUCGUCACCAGCUCCAGCCACCUGCUGGGCACCCGCCUGGGCUCGGAGAUUGACCAAGCCGAGUGCACCAUCCGCAUGAACGACGCGCCCACCACCGGCUACGAGGCGGACGUGGGCAACAAGACCAGCUUCCGCGUGGUGGCCCACUCCAGCGUCUACCGGGUGCUCAAGAGGCCGCAGGAGUUUGUCAACAAGACCCCGGAGACCAUCUUCAUCUUCUGGGGGCCGCCCGCCAAGAUGCAGAAGAGCCUGCUGAAAAUCAUCCAGCGCGUCAGCAUGUCCUUCCCCAACAUGACGGCCUACGUCGUCUCCCCGGGGCGCAUGAAGCAGUUUGACGACUUGUUCCGGAGAGAGACAGGGAAGGACAGGGAGAAGUCGCGCUCAUGGCUCAGCACCGGCUGGUUCACCAUGGUGAUCGCGGUGGAGCUGUGCGACAACGUCCACGUGUACGGCAUGGUGCCCCCCAACUACUGCAGCAACCGCCCGCUGCCGCGGCGCAUGGCCUACCACUACUACGAGCCCAAAGGCCCCGACGAGUGCACCACGUACAUCCACAACGAGCGGAGCCGCAAGGGCAACCACCACCGCUUCAUCACUGAGAAGAGGGUCUUUGCCAGCUGGGCCGGGCUCUACAACAUCAGCUUCUCCCACCCGGCCUGGGCCUAGGGCUGGCACUGGCCACGUGCAGCCCAUCUGGUGGCUCCCAGGAGCCGGGCUGGCCUUGGGCAGAGCGGAGGCCUGAGACAGGACGGAGUCCAGUCGAGCUCCCUGCUCUGUACGAUGCCCGCUGCCCGGGCCAGUCCAUCGCCGCGCUGCCAUGGGGCACCCGGGCCGGUCCUGGUGGCCGCGCUGCCUUGGGGCACCCAUGGAGGGACCUGCGGUGGCACCCGGAGGGCUGCUCUGCCCAGGGAGGCCACUUCCCGUGUGCUCUGGGUGUUAGGACUUUACUUGUGUUUCCUUGGGGUGGCCUUGAGGUGUCCCUGGGGGCCAAGUCACCUUGAGGUGACAGGAGCCACGUCCCAGGCUGGCUUUGGUGGCCAGCGCCCCACACUAGGAGGGUGGCAGGGGUGGCUGGUGGGUGCUGCACAUGGGUGCCCCAUYUGCAAACCUUUCCCAGCCGUAUUGYACCCUGCUGUGGGCACCUGGGCACCCCGCAGCCCCGAGGGGACGGGACGAGCCCGGGUCGAAUGGCGGCGCCCGCCACGCUCACUGCCACCMGAGCCCAGCCGCCCCUCGCAGCCGCGGCGCUGCUCUCCCGGGGGGCACACUGCCAAAACACAUUUUUUAACCAAAUGAUGGAAGUUUGGGCUAUUUUGGCUUUUGUGCCCGCUGCUCCUUGUGUUUGUAUUGCUUUGUUUUGUUUUCCUACGAAGAACUUGACUGGCCGUGCGGAUAGCUGCAGAGYGGGCGCGCUGGGCAGGCGCAGCAGAGCACACAAGCAGGGACUUUUUAUAUGGUUAUUACUAAUUUCCCGGCAGGAGGAUGUGGGA